AUGGAGAAUCAGGAUAAAACUCCCGACACCGCGAACACUGCCUCCAAUACUCCUGCCAUCACCAGCGAAGGGCUUUCAGCCAUGACCAAAGACGAACUCAAUGACUUUGUUAAUACACUGCCUCCCAUUACCCGCUCCGUCGUACCAACGCUGAUGGGCUGGCCAGCUUCAGGGGGUGUCUGGAUCCUCAACCCAACCGAAGCCCAGCUAGCUCAAGUCAACCGGCUUCCGGUCAUGACGGAUAUGGAGGAGUACUGUCGAGCUUUGGAACAAAUCGGUGCUACUUUUUACAGCGAUCCGAAACAAUGCACGGAGGUUCAGGCUAUAAUAGCAGAUGGUAUAGAUCUGCAACCUAAGCAGGCGUCACCGGAAAGGGAGAACCAGUGA